UUUCAUUUGAUAAUUUUUUUUUUCCUUUUUCCUUCUCUGCCCCAAAAUAUAAGAAACAUUAUUAAUAAAUUGAUCAGCAGUUAAAAGGUGAGUUAAUAUCAUAGACAACACCCCACGUCUCCAUACAGGGCCUUAUCAGUUGAACUUUGACACAGAAGUCCACAUUGUGACACACAGUCACAUUAUUCCAGAUAUAAAAGCACAAGCCUUGGAUCAUUUCUUCCCUCGCUUACACAACACCCAGCCUCACUCACAACACCACAAUGCCUGCUGACUAUAACGGGAGAUGGGAGAUGGUGAGCAAUGAGAAAUUUGAUGAAGUCAUGAAGGCUAUGGACAUAGACUUUGCCACACGCAAGAUCGCCGCGCACCUUACACAGACAAAGGUUAUUGUGCAAAAUGGAGAUAAAUUUGAGACCAAAACUCUCAGCACAUUCAGAAAUUAUGAGGUGAACUUCACUGUUGGAGAGGAGUUUGAGGAGCACACUAAGGGCCUGGACAACAGAGUGGUAACGGCACUCGUCAGCUGGGAGGGAGAUAAACUUGUGUGUGUGCAAAAAGGGGAGAAGGAGAAUCGAGGCUGGAAGCAUUGGAUCGAGGGAGACCUGCUGCAUCUGGAGAUCACCUGCCAAGACAAAGUCUGCCACCAGGUCUUUAAGAAGAAGCAGUAGCAUGCUGAUAUAGCAGUUCUCUUGUGUGUCACCUUUUAAUGCUCAUGUGUGCAUUUAAUUUUGUUGUACAUAUGUACUUAUGCAAUGGGAUUCUAAUAAAGACAUUUUAGUGUUUUAAUCAGUUGUACGUUGAAAAUAUUUAAGUAAUGUGCAUAAGUUUGUGUUAUGAAAUUAAUCAGUAAAUAGAAUCAAAUUAGAUUAUUUACUGUACCUAAUAUGAGUUAAAUUGUUAAGUGAGU